AUGGCUCCCGCAACCACCUCAAGCGCCCCGGCGGCGAACAAGCCGUUCCUCAGGAGGAACAUCACCUCGGCCACUCUCGACUCCGACUCCAGCGCCGUCGUCUCGCCCUCAGACUCCCCCCGCCCCUCACCCUCCACCACCUCGUUGUCGUCGCUGGCUUCCGACGAGGCCUCCGCCCCGACCAAGUACGGCAAGCUGGUCGAUACCUAUGGGAACGAGUUCAAGGUCCCCGACUUCACCAUCAAGGAAAUCCGUGAUGCUAUCCCCAAGCACUGCUACGAACGCUCCGCCGUUCGCAGUCUGGCAUAUGUUGCCCGCGACUUUGUAUAUCUGGGCACCACAUUCUACCUCUGGAACACCUAUGUAACGCCCGAAUACGUCCCCUCGCAACCGCUGCGCGUUGCCCUCUGGGGUCUCUACACCUUCCUGCAGGGCCUCUUCGGCACCGGUGUCUGGGUCCUUGCCCAUGAGUGCGGCCAUGGAGCCUUCUCGCCCUCCCAGAAGCUCAACAACUUUGUCGGUUGGGUCUUGCACUCGGCGCUGCUGGUACCGUACUUCAGCUGGCAAUUGAGCCACAGCAAGCACCACAAGGCCACCGGAAACAUGGAGCGCGACAUGGUCUUUGUGCCUCGCACCCGCGAUCAGUUUGCCAGCCGCGUCGGCCGCCUCGUCCACGAGAUCUCGGAGCUGACCGAGGAGACCCCCAUCUACACGCUUAUCCACCUUCUCGGUCAACAGCUGAUUGGCUGGUGGAACUACCUCCUGACCAACGUGACGGGCCACAACAACCACGAGAAGCAGAGGGAGGGUCGUGGCAAGGGCAAGAAGAACGGCUGGGGUGGUGGUGUCAACCACUUCGACCCCCGCAGCCCUCUGUACGAGAACAGGGACGCUUCCUCCAUCCUGCUGAGCGACCUGGGCCUGGCCAUCACCAUCUCCGGGCUCGUCUACCUUGGUAAGACGUUCGGCUGGUCCAACAUGUUUGUGUGGUACUUCUUGCCCUACGUCUGGGUUAACCACUGGCUCGUGGCCAUUACCUUCCUCCAGCACACCGAUCCCUCUCUGCCCCACUACACGGAUGCCGAGUGGAACUUCGUUCGCGGCGCCGCUGCCACCAUUGAUCGCGAAUUCGGUUUCAUUGGCCGCCACCUGCUGCACGGAAUCGUUGAAACCCACGUUCUGCACCACUACGUCAGCACCAUCCCCUUCUACAACGCCGACGAGGCCACCGAAGCCAUCAAGCCCAUCAUGGGCAACCACUACCGCGCCGACACCCGUGACGGUUCGAUCGGCUUCAUCAAGGCCAUCUGGAAGAGCGCUCGCUGGUGCCAGUGGGUUGAGCCCACCGAGGGCGCUGAGGGCUCGUCUCGCGGUGUCCUCUUCUUCCGCAACCAGAACGGCCUGGGUACCUCCCCGGCUAAGCUGCAGCCUGUUGCCUAA